GACCCCUGCAUGAAAGGGAACUGACACCGCCAGUGGAGGGCUGCCACUCAUACAGCUCAAGCUACGGCGUCUCGGUUUGGACAAAAAGUGUCGUUUCCAGUCCAUCAAUGACGAUGGGUGACACGAUUUUCGAAGAAUUAGAAGAUUUGAUGCAUUUUUCUGUUGGCGAUUUGCCCGCUCGUGGAUACGCAGUGAUGGAGGAGAUCCGACGACAAGGGAAACUGUGUGACGUUACCCUAAAAGUGGGAGAGCACAAAUUCAGUGCUCACAGAAUAGUCCUUGCUGCUUCUAUUCCAUACUUCCAUGCCAUGUUCACCAAUGACAUGGUGGAGUGCAAACAGGAUGAGAUCGUCAUGCAGGGCAUGGACCCCAGUGCACUUGAAGCCCUAAUAAACUUUGCCUACAAUGGACACAUAGCCAUAGACCAACAAAACGUCCAGGCCCUCCUGAUAGGGGCCGGUUUCCUGCAGCUUCAAAAUGUUAAAGAUGCCUGCUGCUCUUUUUUACAACAGAGGCUGCAUCCAAAGAAUUGCCUUGGUGUACGGCAGUUUGCAGAGACUAUGAUGUGCACCACACUUUAUGAUGCAGCCAACAGCUUUGUUCACCAGCACUUUGUUGAGGUAUCCAUGUCUGAGGAGUUCCUGACCCUUCGGCCGGAGGAGGUGCUUGAGCUUGUGGGCUGCGAUGAGCUCAACGUCCAAGCAGAGGAGCAGGUGUUUGAGGCCAUACUUGCUUGGGUACGGCAUUCACGUGAAGAUCGGGAGUCACGGUUACCAGAGUUAAUGUCUAAAACCCGUCUGCCUCUAUGUCGACCUCAGUUCCUUGCUGACCGAGUCCAACAAGAUGAGCUUGUACGCUGCUGCCACAAAUGCAGGGACCUUGUCGAUGAGGCGAAAGAUUACCAUCUGAUGCCAGAGCGAAGGCCACAUCUGCCAGCCUAUAAGACACGACAGAGAUGUUGCACAUCCAUCGCAGGCUUAAUCUAUGCGGUUGGGGGUCUCAAUAGUGCUGGUGACUCAUUAAAUGUUGUGGAAGUAUUUGAUCCAAUUGGAAAUUGUUGGGAGCGAUGCCAGCCUAUGAGCACAGCCCGCAGUCGAGUGGGUGUUGCUGUCGUGAACGGGCUGCUUUAUGCCAUUGGUGGUUAUGACGGCCAAUCACGGCUUAGAACUGUAGAAGUUUACAACCCAGAAACUGACACAUGGACCAAAGUCGCUAGUAUGAAUACUCAACGCAGUGCAAUGGGAACAGUCGUAGUUGAUGGGCAUAUAUAUGUGUGUGGUGGAUAUGAUGGCAAAUCUUCACUGAAUUCUGUUGAGUGCUAUUCUCCAGAGACUGACAGAUGGACGAUAGUUACAGAAAUGAGUGCAAGCCGCAGUGCUGCUGGUGUUACUGUAUUUGAAGGCAGAAUAUAUGUCUCAGGUGGUCAUGAUGGUCUACAGAUCUUCAACACGGUGGAGUACUACAAUCAUCACACAGCAUCAUGGCAUCCUGUCGCUCCCAUGAUAAACAAGCGCUGUCGACACGGAGCCGCAGCCUUGGGCAGCAGUCUGUAUGUGGCAGGAGGUUAUGAUGGCUCUGCGUUCCUCAGUGGAGCAGAGGUGUACAGCUCAGUAGCAGAUCAGUGGAGCCACUUAGUGGCCAUGAACACUCGACGCAGCCGCAUUUCUCUGGUGGCCAAUUGUGGUCGACUCUAUGCAGUGGGAGGUUAUGAUGGACAGUCUAAUCUCAGCUCUUUGGAGAUGUAUGACCCAGAAACGAAUCGUUGGAUGUUUAUGGCACCAAUGGUUUGCCAUGAAGGUGGGGUAGGGGUGGGCUGUAUACCCUUGCAGCCCGCUUAAAGCCACAGUCUCACUCAGCCCAUAAGGACAUUUUAAUUAUUUAAAAAGAAAACAACAACAACAGGUUUUUGUACUGUGUGGUCUUACAAAAUGCUUUCAUGACCCUUGGUUCACAUGUUUGUAUUAGAGGAUACUAUCAUUCAGGCUUUUUUUUUGUUUUUUUGAAAAAGCCUAAAGCAGAUACACCAGUACACCUUUAAUGACCAAAUAUAGAAUUCAUACAUACUUUGAAAACAUUUACAGGAAAUAGGGCACACUUCUGCUAAAAACCACACUUUUGCACUGUUAUCAGAUCAGUGGGUAUUGUGGGCCCAUUAAACCAUCAGUUGUUGGGGAAUAUCAUCAUAUAAUAAUAUAUAUUUGUAAUUUUUUGUUCCUCUAAACUGGAAGCCAAUUGAGAUUUCUAGAAAGUUAACCACUGUUAACCCAUGCCAUAAUUGGGAGAGUCUAAUCAAGAAGGUUUCUUACUUCGAAUGUACUAAUCGUAUUUUAUUUGGGAUAUUAAUGGAAAGUUAAUGUGAGCAACUGACCUCUUAUGUGUCUGUGCAAAACCAUCUGCUAGAUGUGCCAUGAAUUUACACUUUACAUGGGACUGUGUUUUGAUUUCACCACUUUUUAUUGACUCGUAUUCUCUAAAAUUUGAAAGAAAACAUCAAUCUUUUUCAAUUUGGGAAUGACCGAUCACCAGCUCUGUGUCCUGGAUAGAUGGGUUGUGGUGCACCCAUCCAGUCCCACGUCUUGCUUUUACUUUUAAUUUGUCCUGUGUGU